UGAACAUCACACUUUAACAACCACAAAGUGUAAAAGGCAAACGUACAAAUGUCUACCACAAGACUAAAGUGUGAUAUGUUAUGUUCUUUACCAUAAGCACCCAUAAAAUGAGCUCCAUUGCAGACAGGAAUGAUGGGAGCAUUUUUGAUGGGCUGGUGGAAGAAGAUGACAAAGAUAAAGCAAAAAGAGUGUCUAGAAACAAGUCUGAAAAGAAACGUAGAGAUCAAUUUAAUGUACUUAUCAAAGAGCUGGGUUCCAUGCUUCCAGGGAAUGCCCGGAAGAUGGACAAAUCCACUGUACUGCAGAAGAGCAUUGACUUUUUACGGAAGCACAAAGAAAUCACUGCACAAUCAGAUGCCAGUGAAAUUCGGCAGGACUGGAAACCAACAUUCCUUAGUAAUGAAGAGUUCACACAGUUAAUGUUAGAGGCUCUUGAUGGUUUUUUUUUAGCAAUUAUGACAGAUGGAAGCAUAAUAUAUGUGUCUGAAAGUGUAACUCCCUUACUUGAACAUUUGCCAUCUGAUCUUGUGGAUCAGAGUAUAUUCAAUUUUAUCCCAGAGGGGGAGCAUUCAGAAAUUUAUAAAAUAUUGUCUUCUCAUCUGCUGGAAAGUGAUUCAUUGACACCAGAGUACUUAAAAUCAAAAAAUCAACUAGAAUUCUGUUGCCAUAUGCUGCGAGGAACGAUAGAUCCAAAAGAGCAACCUACAUAUGAAUAUGUAAAAUUUAUAGGAAAUUUCAAGUGUUUAAAUAACGUUCCCAACUCGGCGCACAACGGUUUUGAAGGAACCAUUCAGCGAUUGCAUCGGCCUCCAUAUGAAGACAAAGUUUGCUUCGUAGCCACUGUUCGAUUAGCUACACCUCAGUUUAUCAAGGAAAUGUGCACUGUUGAAGAACCCAAUGAAGAGUUCACAUCUAGACAUAGCUUAGAAUGGAAGUUCCUAUUCUUGGAUCACAGGGCACCUCCAAUAAUAGGCUAUCUUCCAUUUGAAGUUUUGGGAACAUCAGGCUAUGAUUAUUAUCACGUGGAUGAUCUAGAUAACCUGGCAAAAUGUCACGAGCAUUUAAUGCAAUAUGGGAAAGGGAAGUCAUGUUACUAUAGAUUCCUUACAAAGGGACAGCAAUGGAUUUGGCUACAAACACAUUACUAUAUCACGUAUCACCAGUGGAAUUCCCGGCCUGAGUUUAUUGUCUGCACACACACUGUUGUAAGUUAUGCAGAAGUUCGAGCAGAAAGGAGGCGAGAACUUGGCAUCGAGGAAUCUCUCCCAGAGAUAACAGCAGAUAAAAGUCAGGACUCUGGGUCUGACAAUCACAUCAACACAGUCAGCCUCAAAGAAGCACUGGAAAGGUUUGAUAACAGCCCCACACCUUCUGCUUCCUCCAGGAGUUCAAGGAAAUCUUCACAUACUGCAGUAUCAGAUCACUCAUCAACACCAACUAAAAUGACAGUGGACACUAGCACUCCUCCAAGGCAAAGCUUAUCUGCUCAUGAAAAGACUGCGCAAAGAAGGUCAUCUCUUAGUAGUCAGUCUUUAAGCUCCCAGUCUCUUGGGCAACCGUUAUCACAGCCAAUGAUGUCCCAGCCUACAACUUUACAGCUCCAGCCCGGCAUGUCCCAGCCUGUGUUUCAGUUUUCAGCUCAAUUAGGGGCUAUGCAGCAUCUAAAGGACCAGCUAGAGCAAAGAACACGCAUGAUAGAGGCAAAUAUUCAUCGGCAGCAAGAAGAGUUGCGUAAGAUUCAAGAGCAACUUCAAAUUGUCCAUGGUCAAGGACUCCAGAUGUUUUUGCAGCAAUCAACUUCUGGACUCAACUUUGGUUCUGUGCAGCUUGCUUCUGGAAAUUCCUCAACUGUCCAGCAACUUACGCCAAUAAGCAUGCCGGGUCAAGUCGUGCAGGCAAACCAGAUCCAAGGUGGAGUGAACACAGGCCAUAUAAGUACCCCACACAUGAUACAGCAGCAGCCUGUGCAGAGUACAGCAACACAGCAUAAUCAGCAAAGUGUAGCUGGUGGGCACAGUCAACAGCCAUCUCUCGGCAGUCAGUCGCAGAGUGCGCUCUCGGCCCCGCUCUAUAACACUAUGGUGAUUUCUCAGCCAACAGCAGGAAACGUGGUCCAGAUUCCCUCAAGUGUACCCCAGAACAAUAGCCAGAAUGCUGCUGCAGUAACCACUUUUACACAGGACAGACAGAUCAGAUUUUCUCAAGGUCAGCAGCUCGUAACAAAGCUUGUCACGGCCCCGGUGGCGUGCGGAGCGGUGAUGGUGCCGAGUACCAUGUUCAUGGGGCAGGUGGUGACGCCACCGGCGCCGCCUCAGGCGCCGCCUCAGCCGGAGGCGCCGCUCGCCGCAGCCCAGCAGCCGGCCCCGCCGCAGCUGAGCCAGCACCCCCAGCAGUUCCUGCAGACAUCCAGGUUGCUUCAUGGAAACCAGUCAGCUCAGCUCAUCCUCUCUGCUGCUUUCCCACUACAACAGAGCACUUUCACACAGUCCCACCACCAGCAGCACCAGUCCCAGCAGCAGCAGCAGCUUUCCCGGCACAGAACUGACAAGAUCCCGGAUCCUUCCAAAGUGCCACCGCAGUAGCAGGGGCUCCGCUCCCUUCCGAA